AUGCCGCCAAAGGAGAGUACACCGAUUGGUGGUAAAAAGGGAGCGCCAACUCCUGAUGCCACCCCUGACAGAGACAACGAAGAAAACGAGCAAGUAGAGCAAGAAGAGGAAGCUCAAGAUGAGGAACAAAACGAGGAUGGAGAAGAGGAACAAGAUGAGGAAGAACAAGAAGGUACGGAGCAGAAGGCACAGGCAUCAGUAGAAGACGACAAUGAAGGAGAACAAGCUGGUAGUGAUGGAGGGGCAGAAACUGGUGCCGAAGCCACUGCUGACGAGAAUGAAGGCGGCGAAGAAGCUCAAGACGAAGAGCCUGAAAAGGAAGUAGAAGAGAGUGAGGAUACUGCCGUUCACAACGAGCCCGAACCUGAACCUGAACCGGAAAAGAAGAAGAAGAAGCAUCGCCGUCGUAAGGUCAAGGAGCCUGAGCCAGAAGAAGAGGAGGAAGAAGAGGAAGCUCCUGCACGCAAACCCCGUCGUAAGAGGAGAGAUCGUCCUCAAUUCCUCGAACAAGAUGGCGGAAACGAUUAUAAACAACAGAUGCAAAUGAUGCAACAACAACACGAACAGCAAAUGCAAAUGAUGCAAAUGCAACAGCAACAACAAGGUGGUGGUGCUGCGAAAGAGCAAGGAAAGCAACCUUUGAAGUUGAGAUUAGAUGUCAAUCUUGAAAUUGAGAUUGAGUUGAAAGCCAAGAUUCAUGGUGAUUUGACAUUGGCAUUAUUGUCUUGA